UGUUUGUAUAUUCAUACAUUGAAAAAUAGUCUAUUUUGUAUAUUCGUUAUGCUAAAUUAAAGUUCGGACAGUUUCAGUGAUUUUAAUUGUCAUUUAAAAAAAAAAAACUUGUGUGAUUUUAAUAGUUUUUCAUUUUCAUCAGAUUUAAUCAGUUUUUCAAUUUUUUUUUUUGGGAUAAUAUAAUAUGGGGAAUGUCCAUAUAGCAGGACCUAAUGAAGCGUUGAUUGUAUCAGGAGGAUGUUGUGGCUCAACCAAAAAAACUACAGUGGUGGGUGGUUGGUCGUGGGCCUGGUGGCUAGUAACAGAUAUCCAACGUUUAUCACUAGAAGUGAUGACACUUAAUCCACAAUGUGACGAUGUGGAAACAGCUCAAGGUGUACCACUAACUGUUACGGGCGUCGCUCAAUGUAAAAUUAUGAAAGCUGAUGAACUAUUACACACUGCAUCCGAACAAUUUUUAGGAAAAACUGUUAAAGAAAUCAAAUCGACAGUUUUACAAACAUUAGAAGGUCAUCUGCGCGCCAUAUUAGGAACUCUUACAGUAGAAGAAGUUUACCAGGACCGAGACCAAUUCGCCGCUUUAGUACGCGAAGUGGCCGCACCCGACGUGGGUCGUAUGGGAAUUGAAAUAUUAUCAUUUACAAUAAAAGACGUUGAAGAUUCCGUACAAUAUUUGGCGUCACUUGGUAAAGCACAAACUGCCAUAGUUAAACGAGAUGCGGAUACUGGAGUCGCUGAGGCUAAUCGUGAUGCUGGCAUUCGUGAAGCAGAAUGUGAAAAAUCCGCAAUGGAUGUCAAAUAUUCCACUGAUACAAAGAUAGAAAAUAAUUCCCGAAUGUAUCAAUUGCAAAAAGCAGCAUUUGAUCAAGAAAUAAACACAGCAAAAGCUGAAGCACAACUAGCAUACGAAUUACAAGCGGCGAAAGUUAAACAAAAGAUUCGUAACGAAGAAAUCCAAAUCGAUAUCGUAGAACGGCGUAAACAAAUUGAAGUCGAAGUACAAGAAGUAGCUAGAAAAGAAAAGGAAUUAACAGCCACAAUACGUUUACCUGCAGAAGCCGAAAGUUAUCGUGUUAAUUUGAUUGCCGAAGGUAAUCGAACAAAAACCGUGGAAGCUGCCAAGGCUGAAGGAGAACGUAUCAUGAAAGUUGGUGAAGCUGAAGCAAGCGCUUUAAGCGCUGUGGGUCAAGCUGAAGCAUCACGUAUGAAACAAAAAGCUGCUGUUUAUAAACAAUACGGUGACACGGCCAUUAUGUCAUUGGUUUUGGAUGCAUUACCCAAGAUUGCUGCCGAAGUUGCUGCCCCGCUAGCUAAAACUGAAGAAAUUGUUAUAAUUGGUGGUCCUGAUGGUAUAACCGCCGAUGCGAAUCGACUAAUGGGACAGUUACCACCAGCUGUUCAAGCGUUAACUGGUGUGGAUAUUUCAAAAGUAAUUGGAAAAUUACCUGGAGCUACUGUAGCUAAAUAAAAACAAGUGCAUAUUCACAUUUUUAAAACGGAGUCUCGAAGUCUCAAAGCCUCUCGAUAUUCAUAAAAGUGCACAAUAAAUCUUUAAUUUUUUUG